AUGGAUCAGGAUCAGCACAAAGACCCUGGCCACUCCACUGUGGAGGUGGACCGAGCUGGUCUUCCCCAGAACAAGAUUGACCAACCGAUUGCGCCAGAUCAAUUCGAUGAGAGAUAUCGCACAACGCGGAUGGAAAUAUGGGCUUAUUAUGCCUAUUAUAUUGGGAAUAAUGGCUUGUCGCUAUUCAACUUCGCACCGACUGCUUUUCAAAACUUGCUCUACCAAGCGGCACCCUCUGAUGGCUUGCUCAACUUCAUAGGCAGGCCACGCACGAUCAACAGCAUCGUGCUUCUCUCGAAUGGAAUUUCCUUCGCGAUUCAGGUCGUGGUAUUCCUGGUGAUUGGCAGUUUCGCCGAUUUCGGUUAUUGGCGACCGAACAUCUUGAUCGCAUUGUCAAUUGUAGCCUAUGCGAUCGGCUUUGGUUGGUUGGGUGUGCACACCUCGGACAAGUGGCAUGUCGCGGUCGGUCUAUAUAUGGUCGGUUUGAUUGCCUACCAGACUACUCUCACUUUUUGGACUGCUGCAUUCCCGGGCUUGGCUCGCAACACCCUCGAACUGAAGGAAAAGGCCGAUGCAUAUAUGGCAGGCAGCAUUACACGGGAUGAAUAUGAUUAUGCAGACACCCUGAUGCGCAGCAAACUAGCCAACGUCGCUUUCUAUGUUCAGUCUGUGGCGGAAAUAUUCAUUCUGGCGAUUAUUGUGGGUAUUAUGUUUGGCUUGGACGUCAACGCUAGUGAGAGCAAAAAUAACUGGGGUCUGAGUGUCCUGAUCGCUUUCGUCUCUGGGGUGUGGUUGCUUGUCUCAAUCCCGUGGUUUGUUUUGGAGAAACGCCGGCCGGGUCAAGACCCUGGGAAACGGUCUAUCUUCAUUGCUGGAAUAUGGCAGCUCUGGCAUGCUAUACAACAGAUCUGGCAUUUGAAGCAGAGUUUGAUUUAUCUAAUUGGCUAUUUCCUACUUGGAGACUCGCUAAACACUACUGUGACAGUCAUUGCGACUUUGCAAAAUGAGAUCAUGGCCUAUAAUACCCUACAGCUAACAUACCUGCUCAUUGUUGGUAUUGCUGCACAGGCAGUUGGAAUCUACACAUUCUGGGCUAUUCAGCAACGUUUCAAACUCGGAACUAAGACUAUGUUCAACACUAUAGCUAUUGGAAUAAUCCUACUCGAUGGCUGGGGUAUGAUUGGUAUCUGGACAAACAAAUUUGGCUUCCACAAUGCAUGGGAAGUUUGGGUCUAUCAAGCUUUCUACGGCCUUUUCAUUUGCCCAUGGUAUAGCUACUCACAAAUCAUGAUCUCGGAAGUUACGCCACGCGGUCAUGAGUUUCUAUUCUUCAGUCUUUUCAGUAUCAUUGGCAAAACCUCGUCGUUCAUCGGCCCUAUCGUCUCAAGUGCAAUCAUUGAUGCAAGUCCAUCGGGCAAUGUCUCAAUGCCAUUUUACUUUUUGUUUGCGUUAAGCGUUGUCAGCUUUGGGAUUUUGUUCUGGGGAGUUGACUUGAAAAAGAGCCAGGAAGAGCAGGAGAGAUUUUUGUUGGAUAAGUUGCGUCGGUUAAAUGCCAGUGAUUCGUCGCAGUCCACUGAUCAGAGCUCGACACCUGUCUGA